AUGGGUGAAGAUGUGAAGAAAGCAGUGGGUGAGACAGUUUCUUUUCGUCCAGACACAUUAGAAUCUCCUGUCACCAGCAUUGUAUGGAAACAUGUUAGUCUUUCUACUGUGAAGGCGAUUGAAUGGGACGUUGAUGAUGGUGUUAUCAUCCCGAAUCAGAGAUUCAAAGACAUCACAACUCUUGAUGAGAAAACUGGACAAAUCACUAUAACUAAUUUAAAAGUCGAGCAUAGUGGAGAGUAUACCAUUGACAUCAACAGUAAAGAGCAGGGACAAAGAUUCAGCUUGGAAGUUAUGGAGCGGGUCCCCAAACCUAAGACAACUAUAGAGGAGAGCAGUAACCCUGAUGUUGUGUAUUUAAUAUGUGAGUACAGUGGAACGAUCAUCUGGAGGAAUUCUGCUGGAGAAACACUGAAUGGUUCAAAGCACCAUCGCACAGGAGAAUUCAUCACAGUAAAGAAAAAAGGAAAUCCAGAAAACUACUACACCUGCACACUAGAGAACGCAGUGAGUGAUGAGACCAGUGAUCCGGUCUAUGAGAGAGAUCUGUUUAAGACGGGUGAAGAUGUGAAGAGAGCAGUGGGUGAGACAGUUUCUUUUCGUCCAGACAAAUUAGAAUCUCCUGUCACCAGCAUUGUAUGGAAACAUUUUAGUCUUUCUACUGUGAAGGUGAUUGAAUGGGACGUUGAUGAUGGUGUUAUCAUCCCGAAUCAGAGAUUCAAAGACAUCACAACUCUUGAUGAGAAAAUUGGACAAAUCACUAUAACUAAUUUAAAAGUCGAGCAUAGUGGAGAGUAUACCAUUGACAUCAACAGUAAAGAGCAGGGACAAAGAUUCAGCUUGGAAGUUAUGGAGAGGGUCCCCAAACCUAAGACAACUGUAGAGGAGAGCAGUAACCCUGAUGUUGUGUAUUUAAUAUGUGAGUACAGUGGAACGAUCAUCUGGAAGAAUUCAGCUGGAGAAACACUGGAGGGCAAUAAGAACCAUAAGCCAGGAGAGUUUAUCACAGUCAAAAACACAAGAAAUCCAGAAAACUACUACACCUGCACACUAGAGAACGCAGUGAGUGAUGAGACCAGUGAUCCGGUCUAUGAGAGAGACCUGUUUAAGACAGGUAUGACAGCAAAUUACUUCAAUAUUAAAUUCCAAAGAAAAAAAUCAGAUCAGGUCAUUCUUUAUGUUUAGGUGCUAAGAUGAGUUGCUUUUCUAUUUAGAAAUUGCUUUUACAUUCAACAAAUAUAUGACAACAGUCACACUAAAAAUAUAUGAAUGUCAUUGUGUUAGACAGCUCUUUUCCACCCAAAGAGGAUAUCAGUGUGGGAAAUAUUGCAAAUU